AUGUCCUUAAUAAAGAUAAAUUAAAAUAUAGUUGAUGCUAUCCUUCUCUUUAACAAGUUAGAUUCUGCCAAGGCUGAAGCUAUUUUGAUAAAAAUAUUUUCUUCACCAACUUCAAAAUAUUCAGAAUUGUUUACUGAAAAAGAACUCAAUAAGUUAUUGGCAUUGUUAAAAAUAAAUGAGGAAUAGUUAAAUAAUAUAGUUAGAGCGUUUUCAUUUUUAUUAAUGCAUGCUGUUGCUGAAAGAAACAUUAAAGACGUUGAAUAGACUCUUGCACAUAUAGGAUUGAGUCAAGGUCAUAUUGCCUUAUUUUAGAAAUAAUGGGUAACAUAUGGUAAUGAGUAUACAAUUAAAAUUAGAGAAAGGCCAGUAGCUAUUUAGUAAGAGCUUAAAGAGUUUACUUGGUCAAUUUCCCUUCCUUUGGAAUCUUCAAAGCUUCCUCUUAAAAAUGCGACUCAUUUAAGAGAAGAUAGUUUCCCUAUAGAUCAUAAUGAAGAAUUAUAUUCUAUAGAUGCUAAAAAUCCUUAAUUAAUUUUAAAUAUGCUUCUUCAAUAGGAAGAUGGUUCUAAUUCUGAAAAAUUUGCUGUUAGAUUAGAAAAAGCAUAAAUAUAAAAUCUUUUUGAGAAUCUUGAAAAAAUAUAAGAUUAACUCGAUUUACUUCUAUGA